GCGGCUUAUUUUCAGGGUUCCGCAUGCGGCAGUUCCUCCUCCUACUCCGCCGUCCCUUCCACCUCUACCGCUGUCGGCGUUGCAUAAUUAUAAAAUCCUCCUUCCCCUGAAGCCCUUCACAUGGAGGAAGAGCCUUUAACGGAACCCAAACACGAGAACCAAGAAAGCGAAACGCUGACAAAAAUCAAUCGGAAAGCCCCCAGAGAACUUCACGAGUUCGAGAACCAGAGCUCCGCGAAAGCGUCCUCGAAAGCAAGAAAAAUCAAAGGGGCAUUGUUGGCUGUUAAUAAGCCCAGCUACUGCCUGAAGAAAGGCGUUGGGAGUUUGCAAUGUGGGGGCGAAAGCCUGCGGUCUCAGCACCGGAAAAGGCUGUGGCGGCUACUCAAAAAGCUCAUUCGGCGGCACAACUGGGCGGAAGCGAGUGGAGUAUUGAGUGUCUUGCUCCAAGGGACUGUCAAAGACCAAUCUCUCUCAAGAAACCGUGCCAAGUAUUCGGCUGCAUUGGAACUUCUCAGUCACAUUAAAGGUCAAACUAUCAGCUCAAGGAAAAUCCAGAGUGUUUAUGAGCUAUGGAUGAAAAAGCUUGGACCUUUGAAGAACUGGUCAACGAAGGAGAGGUUUGCUGUGCAAUUAGAGUUCAUUCUUACUUGUCUAAAACGUGGAAGCAUGGAGGAUGCACAUCAAGCUGCUCUUUGUCUCAUGCAGGAGCGUGGUUUUGAUGGUGACCCUGUUGCAAAUUUGGUUGUUGGCCUGGCAUUUUCUCAGCUGUGGUAUUCUGGAAUUCCAAAAGAGUUGCAAUUGACAGAGCCCAACUCAUCUGGCACCUAUAAACAAUCAGAAAUUCCUGUCAAUGGUAUUCACAUGCCAAUUGAUUAUUCUAAGGAAAAUGAUGCUGUUGAAGCAGGGGGAGCCAAUUCUCCUUUACAAUGUGAUUCGAACACCUCUGUUGCCAAUGAUAAAGACCUAGUUGGGGAUGAUGGUGAUCAGCAGAAAGAUUCCAUGGAUGUUGAUGACAAUGUGAAAAAAGAAACUUCUUAUACCAGUUUUCAACCCCAAGGGUGUUACAUGAGAUCAGCCGAGGCAAGUGGAAAUAGUGAUUAUUCGAUGUCUAAUUAUAGCAGCGACCUUCCUCAUGCCUCUAUUUUCUACAAUCAAGAUAUAGGCCUACCUCCAUGGCUAUUGCCUAUAAAAUUGCCGAGUUCUCAUGAAAACGUGGAGGAUGCCGUGUAUAUGCACAGGAAAUUGCAUAACAACUACUAUAAGAGUGCAUUGAAGCACUUACGUGCUGCUCUCUACUCAACACCACCAGUAAUUGAGGCCUUCCACCCUUUAAUACAGAUGCUGCUUCUUGGAGAUCAGGUUCAUGAAGCCCUUAAUGAACUUGAAACUUUAUUUCAUAGCUCGGAUACAGUACUCCAACUAAGAUUGAAAGCCAGUCUCUUGGAGCAUUUUGAUAGUGGCAAUUUUGUCAAACUUUGUACAUGCUUUGAGGACAUUUUAAAGAAGGAUCCAACAUGCAACGACUCCUUAGCAAGACUUGUACUGAUGCACCGCCGUGGAGAUUAUGAAACGGAGAAUUUGGUGGAAAUGAUAGCCUUACACUUAGAUGCUUCAUAUGGAAUGUGUGAGACAUGGCAAGAAUUGGCAUCUUGCUUUUUGAAACUUUCUCAAUGUGAAGGAGAUAGAGUUUCGACUUGUUUUGGUGGCAGUGAUCGGUACAAUGAAGGAUAUUUAGAUCAUUCUAACAAGAUUCCAGAUUUAUUCACCAAUGGUGAAUCUGGAAAAACUUGGAGAUUACGUUCCAGAUGGUGGCUGAAUCGCCAUUUCCAUGACAGGAUCCUGAUUUCAGAUAAUGAGUCAGUCGCAGGUGAUUUGAAGCUUUUGACCUACAAAGCAGCAGCAGCUUCACAUAUUUACGGGCGACAUUUCAAGUAUGUCGUGAAGACCACUGAAAUUAUAGAGAAGGAAAAUGAUAUGGAACUUUAUUCUUUCUUACAAACUCACAUUCUCAAUUCUGUUGGAUUUUACUCUCUGAAGAGGAAUACUUGAGAAAUCAAUUCUGUUUUGCAGUUU